CUGUUGGCCUCUACAAUCUGCAUGUGCAACAUCUAGAACUGGAUGGACGAACUUGUACGAUCCUUGACCGUCGUUUAUCGCUCCUCCGGCAGAAAACGUGCCAAUCCGUAAAGUGAGAUCGAGUGACUGAGUGUGUGAGCGAGGAAGUGUUCUGUUGUCAGUCAGCUCGGCAGUGGCUGGCUUGGGUUCGCUCUAGGGACAUUGAGACAUUCACACGUACCUCGAUACUCCGAUACUAUCUCAAAGCAAGUGGGAUCUUGGGCACCCGUGGACCAGAAUCGACCGAGUGAUUGAGUGAAAGAACGACUGAUUUGGUGGGUGGUCGGAAAGAGAGAUCCCAAAGAUAGAUUGACCGAUCCUCCUGUUCAUCAACAUGCUGGGAUCCACCCGAAACUCGCUGCGGACCAGUGUGUCCCAGGUCCUGGCUCAAUCCACGCGCCGGGCUGGACAGCAACAGUUCAUCCCCGGUUCCAGCCAGUGGAUGGCACGAGGACUGACCUCCGCCCCACACGCGCCCCUCCUUAGUUCAUGGCCCGCUCCCUGCGGAUCGCCCGUGUUUCAUGUCUUGCGCGGGAUCCGCACCUCGGCCCGUCUCAAUAGCGAUCUGAAGGUCGUCACGUGUCCGGCCUUUGCCGAAUCCAUUUCCGAGGGCGAUCUCCGAUGGGAAAAAGCUGUGGGCGACUCGGUGGCCGAGGAUGAAGUCAUAUGUGAAGUCGAAACGGACAAAACUUCCGUACCCGUACCUUCGCCCGUGGCGGGUGUGAUCGAAGAACUUUUGGUCGAGGAUGGAGCCACGGUUCAACCGGGCAAGGAAUUGGCCAAAAUCAAAGUGGGCGCAGGGGGUGGCGGGGGUGCCAAAAAGGAGCCAAAGCAAUCCGAGGAACCCAAGAAGUCCGAGGAACCCAAGAAGUCUGAGGAACCCAAGAAGUCCGAGGAACCCUCCAAAGAGGAACAAUCGCCUCCCAAGCAGGAAGCCUCAUCCUCGUCAUCCGGUCCCAUCCCGGACUCGCCGCCACAGGCACCUUCCAAGCCCUCGACGCCCAAGUCUGAGAUGCCUGUGGCCGCCAUUCGUCACGCCAAAACCAUUGACAAGCCCGCGAGUGGUGGGCCCAAGAACGAAGGCACCAAUGCCUCUCCCAUGGUGCGUAUGCCCCCCGCGGAUCCCACCAAGGAGAUUGCUGGCACUCGUUCCGAGCACCGCGUCAAGAUGAACCGUAUGCGACUCAAGAUUGCUCAGCGACUCAAGGACGCUCAGAACACCACCGCCAUGUUGACCACCUUCAACGAGAUCGACAUGAGUGGUCUCAUGCAGUUGCGGAAGGAGAAUCAAGACGCCUUUGUGAAGCGUCACGGUCUCAAAUUAGGUUUCAUGUCGGCUUUCGUUAAGGCCUCAGCUUAUGGACUCACUAUGCAGCCUACGGUGAACGCUGUGAUUGAGGAGAACGAGAUUGUUUAUCGGGACUUCGUCGACAUCUCCGUGGCUGUUGCCACGCCCAAGGGUUUGGUCGUACCUGUGUUGAGGAAUGCCCAAGAGAUGAAUUACGCUGAUAUCGAGAAAGGAAUUGCCGCUUUGGGCGAAAAAGCUCGCAACAAUCAAUUGGCCAUGGAAGACAUGAGCGGUGGCACUUUCACCAUUUCUAAUGGUGGCGUGUUUGGUUCGCUCUUUGGCACCCCCAUCAUCAAUCCACCCCAAUCGGCCAUUUUGGGCAUGCAUGGCGUUUUUGAACGACCCGUCGUACGCAAUGGACAAGUGGUCAUCCGACCCAUGAUGUACGUAGCUUUGACUUACGACCAUAGGUUGGUGGAUGGACGUGAGGCUGUGACGUUUUUGAGGUCGAUCAAGAACUCGGUGGAAGAUCCCCGAACCAUGCUGUUGGGCAUGUAAACUUGUCCUCUGCAGGCCUUAGUGUGACUUCCAGAGCGCGCCAUCAAGUGGAGACUGGCUAAAAGAGACGUCGUAUGCCGGAGGUUUUAAUUUGACAUGAAUUCCUACUUUCAACCAACAGCGGAAGGAGUUAUUGAAAUAUAAUGUAAUAGAUACGCCUA